GUCGAGGAACGAUGAAAUCCUAAGCUAAACAAAUAAGAGAUGAGGGGUAAAAUGUGUACAUUUGGGCCCGAAUCACCAAUACCAGGAACAAGGUCGAGAUAGCUCGAGGGAGAGGGUUGAAGGAUGGGAGAAACCCAGCCUGGGGACUCACAAGAUCAACACGGAUGCUGGUUUGACGAAGUUAAUGGUAUUACGUUGGGGGUGGUGAUUCGUGGUCCGGAUGGGACCUUCUUGUUAUCGGCAGCAAAGCGUAUACCAGGUUGUUUCGAGGUUGAGAUGGGUGAAGCUCUGGCAGCAGAAUACGAGAUGCAACUAGCAUGACAAUUUCACGUCACACACCUUAUCUUGGAGCCGGACUGUCUACCAUUGAUUCAAAAGCUCGAAGUAGUGACACAUAUACAUACUGAAGUUAGUGUUGUGGACCCAUGUUCGUAGGACGGCUAAUGAAGCAGCUCAUGUUAUGGCGCACUCGAGAAAUCUCUCUUCUGAUGCGGUAGUCUAGCUUGACUGACAACCCUCCUUUAUGUCUAGUUAAUCAGCUCCAUCUGGACAAUGUAACUUUACUUUGGCUUCUGAUUAAUAAAAGAAAAGCAGAUUAUGGUAAAAAAAGUUAAAUUAAAUUUAAAGAAACCCUACUCAAUCCUUCCUUUACCCUCGCUAACCGCGAGCCAACCGCGAGCUAGCCAUCACAUUCCACACAAUACCCGCAAGUAAGGAAAAUUAAUCCAUCCAACUGUGGAAAUUUCGUUCCCGCACUCUCCCACAAAUGUACUAAAUUCAUCAUCUCCGCGUUAACUCCUGGACUCUACGCAUCCGUCCUUAACAAUUAAGAAAUCCUUUUUUCGGUGAACAACAAUUAGGAAAAAGUUUGAAGGCAAUCCCCAAAUGUAAAAAAAAGUCCCCCCUUACCUUCUUCUUCACCCAAGUCCCAACCCAAACAGUGCGGUGGACGAAGUCCCUCUUCCUCCUAAAUCCGUGUCAUUUGGUGCCUUUCUUGACUCCUUCCCUCUCUCUCUCUCUCUCUCUACUUAUACACAAACAUAAUUUCCCCCCACCUUCGAAAACGAGUCAUUGUUGACUCGGCGACUCAGUUGACCAUUCCUUCCUUCCCCACAGCAGCCAGCCAUAGCCGUCGACUCGACCCCAUAGGCCCUUCCCUUCCCUUCCCUUCUUCAAAACCCCCUCUCCCCAAUUCCUCCAUUUCCCCCAUUCCUAUCCUGAAUUCCAACUUCUCAAUUUCCUCUCAACAGCAACAGCAGCCGCAGCCAUGAACGAUCUCUUCUCCGGCUCCUUCUCCCGCUUCCGCAGCGAAGACGGCGGUGCUUCCCCCGACCACCACGUCGUCCAGAUGUCCGAGAUCCCCUCCACCGCCGGGGUCAACCUCGACAAAUUCUUUGAAGACGUCGAGUCCAUCAAGGACGAGCUCAAGGAGCUCGAGAAGCUCAACUCCAGCCUCCAGUCCUCCCACGAGCACAGCAAGACCCUACACAACGCCACCGCCGUCAAGGACCUCCGCGCUCGGAUGGACGCCGACGUCGCCACCGCUCUCAAGAAGGCCAAGCUCAUCAAGGUCCGAUUGGAGGCCCUCGACAGAUCCAACGCCGCCAACCGUAGCGUUCCCGGCUGCGGGCCCGGCUCCUCCUCCGAUCGGACCCGGACUUCUGUGGUCAACGGCCUGCGCAAGAAGCUCAAGGACUCCAUGGAGAGUUUCAGCUCUCUGAGGUCCAAGAUUUCCUCCGAGUAUCGGGAGACCGUGGAGAGGAGGUACUUCACUGUUACAGGAGAGAACCCUGACGAGAAGACGCUCGAUCGUUUGAUCUCUACAGGCGAGAGCGAGACUUUUCUCCAGAAGGCGAUCCAAGAGCAAGGCAGGGGAAGGAUCCUGGACACGAUCAAUGAGAUUCAGGAGAGGCACGACGCCGUCAAAGACAUGGAGAAGAAUCUCAAGGAGCUCCACCAAGUGUUCUUAGACAUGGCGGUGCUGGUCCAAGCACAAGGAGAACAGCUGGACGACAUCGAGAGCAAUAUGCAGAGAGCCAGCUCCUUCGUCCGUGGUGGGACUCAGCAGCUGCAGACUGCGCGAGUCCUGCAGAAGAACACCAGGAAAUGGACUUGCUACGCCAUCACCAUCUUGCUGGUGAUCAUCCUCCUCGUAGUGCUGUUCGUCGUCAGGCCAUGGGAAAGCAAUGGUGGAGGCGGAGGCGGCGGUGGUGGAAACCAACCUGCUCCUGCUCUUACCCCACCUGCUCAGAUCACGCCCCCGCCGCCAGGAGCGUAGGCUUGAUGGUGGGGACUCCCUUCUCGGUUACAUGUAUCAUCACUUCAUUUACAGUAUUCAUACGUGAGUAAUGCCUUUUGUGCUUCUGUCUAGUUUUUGAAGAUCAAAGAUUUCGUUUAUGUGGAUCGAUUAAUUUAUUUUUUUCGAGACCUUUGGGGAGCUGAGAUAUGAGAGAGGGGUAAGAGCAGCAGGCAUUUUGAGAUGCCAUUGAUAAUUGAAAUCUUAGUGGAUAUACAACUCCCCCAAAUCAAUCCAUCUCGGAUCCAUAAUGGUUUCUUCUUCUUCUUCUUCUUCUUCUUCUUCUUCCUGUAAAUAGUAGCUUAUGAAUAUGAUUGUGUAGCUGGUUCUGUUGUUCUUCUGGUGUGGGAUUUAUUGAUUGGAAUGUUAGGUAUUUUAUCGUGCUUCCCAGAUGGAAGAUGAGAUCUUUCAACCUUGAAUUUGACAAUAAUGGAUGAUUCUGAGAUCAGCCUGGACUUGGUCUCACAAUGGAAACCCUGCCGGCUUGGAUGGGAUGGCUCUGUGUAAAAUAAAAUCUAUCUAUAUAUCUGAAAUGUGAUUCUCUAAUAAGUUGAAAAGAACAGG